AGUUUCUUCCAGGUCUGUGGGUCUCUGCCACUAGCAAAACAGGAUGCGACAGGGUAAGGUUACGAGUAUCGCUAAAGGAUUUUUAACGUGCUGAAGACUUUGUGAAUCGUACCUGCAAGGAAACUUCGUUAUUGGCAAAGGAAAAAGAAAAUGCCGGUUAGUAUGUUGAAAAUGCUGUUGAUGUCAGCAGUAUUCUUAGCUUUGCUACACUACUCCAGAACAGAUGUCGCAAACGGGUUUGGUCCCGAAGAAAGGAGAACACUCUUGAUAGACGAUGAUGACGAUUUCACUGAUUUCCAACCCAACACAAGGCAACAGGACUGCGCCAGAGACUUUGAAGACUGUUCAAACCGACUUUGUUGCAAUGAAUGCACACGGUGCUCGUGCAAUCGUAAUGGGCAACAUUGUCGAUGCAGCCAAAGGAGCGACCUUGCUGUCUUUCUAGGACUAUGCAAUGGAUGAAAAACAAGGACUGUCGAAAAUUAUUUUAAAAUAAACACUAUGUUUUUGUUUCCACCGAAA